CUCCUCCAGCGAUUUAAAAGCAGCUGGUGGUCGUGCGAGCUUCCACUCCGUGAUGUGGCUGGGAGCAGACAUGGCAGCAGUGGGAGAGCUGGUGCUGGUACUGGGCUUACUGGUCUGCGCUCACUGUGAGGUGAGAGGACGAGACCCCGAUGUGGAGAAGGAGGAGGAGGAGCUGGGAGGAAGAGUAGCAGCGAUAGGAGGAGGAGCAGAGUUCUUCCCUCAACUUGAGGGGUUACCCCACAGGGCAACAGGGACACCCCCACUGGGAGAGAGAGGGAACUAUCCAGCCAGAAUGGGUAAUUGGUGUGCAUUCGUGCAUCAGCGUAUGGUUACCACGGCAGUUGAGUGUGGAAAUACAGAGCAGUACACCAUCAAGUCUCAGAGUCCGUGUCCAAGCGGGACGCCUGACUGUCAGCUGGUCAUGUAUAAACUGGCCACCCGGCCUGUUUACAGGCAGAAGAAGCAGUUCUUCACCGCUCUGUUGUGGCGCUGCUGUCCAGGACACAGAGGACCCAAAUGUGAGGACACAGAAUAUAAUGCACAGCUGGAUUCUGGAGACUUGGAUCCAACUGAAGGAUAUGAAAGAGCAGAGGACCGCACUCUAGAAGUUAGGGCGAUGACCCGGCAGCAGCAUGUCACUCACAUGCAGCAGCACGUCGACCCAGAUCGCGAACAGAACGACCACCAAGCACCUGGCAGCUCGCCGUAUGGUACUGGCUACGCAGACGACAACCAGCACAACAUCACACACCCUGGCCUGGACCCAAGAUCUGCCAACAACCCCCAUCAAGCAUCAAACCCCACUGCAAACUCAUAUGACCGUCCCAGCCAUCCUGACCAUCCCCACAAAGGACGGCAGCAGGAACACCACCUGCAUGAAGCCACUGCUGAAGCCACUGCUGAAGCCACUGCUAAAGCCACUGCUGAAGCCACUGCUGAAGCCACUGCACAUAUGAUGGCUCUGGUCAUGUCAAAGCUGCAGCCAGUCCUGGAGGGCUUCAACCACUCCCUCGAGCACCUGAGCCAUCAGGUGGGGGACCUGUCCCGUGAUGUAGCCCAGUUGAAGAGCAGUCAGCUGGUGACCGAGCUACAGGCGCAGCCCCCGGAUGUCCCUGAGCUAGACGAGGCAGCGGAGGAACGGCUGAAUACCAGGCUGGAUGAAACGCUUCAUCAGAUCAGGGAGGUCAGGAGACAGUUGGAGAGUCAACAGAGGGAGAUGGAGAACAGGCUGCACUACCAGCAUGUAAUGCUGCAUUACAACCUCACCAGCUUCAAGACCGACAUUGACAUGAAGCUGAAACGCCACCAGAAGAUGCUACAGGUCAGCCUGCAGGCCAUGAACAGCACACUUACUGAGCUGAAGCUUGAUCAGGAUCAGCUGGAGGAUAAACUGGAGGAUCCGCUGGUGGAUCAGCUGGAAGAUCUGCUACAGGAUCAGCUGGAGGAUCGCCUUCCUCCUCCCACCCUGCCUCCCCCCAUCCUGCUGCAGCCAUUAGACACCUCGUCCCUGUGGGAGGCCAUUGGGCGCCUUGACAACAUGGUGGUCAACAACACAGUGAAGGUGGACGGGUUGUUGGAGGACCUGGAGGUGACCUCAGGGAACGUGCAGCUGCUGAGGCGGGACCUAAAGGAUCUUGGGAAGCAGAUCAACCAGACAGCCAGGAGCAGUCAGAUCCAGUACAUGGAGACAGGGCUGGAAGUGGACGCGGCGAGGGAGGUAGUGCUGAGGCGGGUGGGUGAGCUGGCGGGGAACCUGAGUCUGCAGGACGUGAGGCUGCAGGAAAUAGAUGUGGACAUGGACUAUAUGUACACCAUCCUUUACAAGCACAACUCAUCGGCAGACUGUGACUGCAAGGGCCUGAAGGCGGCUGUGGCUAAACUGGAGAGGGGCUUGGCCAAUGUCACCGAGUUGGCCAAUGAGAACAGAUUAGCCCUGGAUGAGGACAAUGAUGGAGGGGCGGGGCAGUGGGGCGGGGCAAACGACUGGGAGCCAGCGGUGGGGACUCUCCAACAAGGCCUCCAGCAGGUGAAGGAGACUCUUACCUCGGAGCAGAGCAGGACCAGCACUCUGGAGCAGAGUCUGAACCAGCUGAGCAGCUUGGUGACCGUGGGUCUAGUGGAGGUCUCGGGUCUGAAGGCAACCGACAGGAAGCUGGUGGAGGAGAUGAAACACCUGUCUAGCUCCUUUAACUCCUUGCUGAAAGACGUCAUCAGACACAGCGACGUGCUGGAGCUGAUGCUUGGGGAGGAGGUGCUGGAGUUCCUGGAGUGGCCGGUCCAGGACCAGGAGGCCCACUCCAUCCCGGUCCUAAAAGAGCGGCUGAGACUCCUAGACGAGCAGCAGAGAGGACACAACCUGAGCAUCACCUCCCUGCUGAACAGACCAGGAGGCAGAGAGGAGGUACCAUCUGCUGACCAGCCCCCACCCUCCUCCCAACUCCUCCCUGAUGACUGGCUUCAUGGCAGCACGAGGAGCAGCAGUGGAGUUCCAGCCAGAGAGCGGCAGCUCCUCCUCCACCCUGAGGGAAGGCGCCCACAGCAUGGAGGAGAUGGUAGCGAUCUUUGGAACCUGGAGAAAACAGUGGAGGUGUUGGGGCAGAAGGUGCUCCUCCUGGAGGAGAAACACCACAACAACACCACUACAGACAGAAUGGCGCCUCCCAGUGGUGUGGAGGCCAAACUGCAGGCAGAGGUGAUGUGGCUGAAGAGAGGGCUAGAAGACCAUCUAAGAGUUUUCAAAAACGUCUUCAGUAAUGCUGACAUGCUGGUGGGGUCUGACGCCACGCUGGAGCUCGAUAAACUGUGGCAGCUGAUGAAGAACAGAGACGGGAAGAAGGAGAAGAAGAGAGGAGGAGGGAAGGAGGGGAUAGGAAGAGGAGGACACCAUCGCAGCAGGAGGGAGUCAUUGGGUGUUGCUCCCGUCCUGUACACCCAAUCAGAAGACCCUUUGCUGCUUGUGGCUGGAUCUCCUCGAAGUGUCUCAAACGGUGUCAUCUUGUUGGAAGCCUCUCUAAACCUGGGUCAGAUUUACUCUGACACCGGCACCUUCACUGCUCCUGUGAAUGGGAUCUACCUGUUUGUCCUCACCUUGGACCUGAGGCCAGGCCCCACCCACGUGCUCCUUGUGAGGGGGUCUGGAGCAGCGCCAGUGUUUUUACACCAACAGGAGGUGAGGGAGGCAGGGCUGGUCACUAGCAUGAGCCUCCUGCUGCUGGGUAAGGGGGAGAAGCUGAGGCUGGAACUAAAGGGAGGAGAGUGGGCGGAGUCAGAGGACAAUGUGUUCACCGCACUGCUGCUCCACCGGACCACCUGAGGGCGCUGCUCAACAUCAGCUCAACAAUAGACACUGAUCUGAGACUCUAGGAGGGGUAGAAUCACAGAGAACACAGAGGGUUGGACUGACUUUUUGGAAAUGAAAUAUAACUUAACUUCAUAGAGGUUUAUUCCAAAGCACCAUACGGCAUAUUAAACAGAAGAUUUUAUACUAAGAGGGAUUGAAAGCCUAAAACCCUUUUUAACCAUGAAAUUAGAAUAUUGAGCUCAAAAACAUGUCAAACUAAAAUAUUUACAGUCAGACCUCAUAAUUGGCACACCAGUGGACAAAAGGGAGAGAAGCUAGUUCAGCUUCUAAUUACUUCAAGUAAACCUAUGUUGAGUAUUUUGUUAGCCUAGCUUAACAUAAUGACUAGAAAGAACAGGAAACAGCCAGUCUGACCAAAAACACAGAAGACCUCUAAAGGUCACAUAGAAAGAAAGAGGGAUUUAAAAAACAUAUCCAUCAGGUCAGUAACUCUGUGCCGUGUCAUUGGCUGUAGAUCGAGUUGCCAGUUCAAUUGCUUUUGGUCAAUGCUAUGAUUUAUGUCCAACAAGAAAUAGUUUCUGCAACAACAACAAAAACACUGUAAAACACAGAACUUCCGUCUAGCAACACUGUUGUUAUACAGAUUAGAGAAAUGAGAUAAUGUAGUGUGCUGAACAGUGAGCUUUAGAAGUUAAGAGGUAUAAGUGUUUUAGCCUGUGUUCCUGCUCAGUACAGAAGUCCUCAUUAGGGAUCUGAUGACAACUUUUCAGCUUUAAUUUGUGCCCUUUCUUUAAAGGCUUUAUAUGUGAUUUUUUUGAUCCAGCAGAUGUCGCCCUUGAGCACCAGCAUGAAACCAAAACAA